UGGUCGGGAACUUGGUACUUCAAAAUGCUUACAAUUUGGCUCUAAAAUAUCCAGCUGAAUAUUUCAUUUACUGUAUCAUUUGCCUAAACUCCAUUGCAUGCAAACAUGCUUUAUAUAACUUGUACGAUUUCACUUGUAUUCCUAUCUGUGAUUUUUGCGGAUACUGUUGACCGAGUUUCCGAUGCCGAUGAAAUUUUUAAAAGACUUGAUGGCCUAGCGAAAAGAGUCGGGAUUUUGGAAUCAGAAAACAUACAGUUAAAGAAAGAACUCAAGACUCAAAGUGAUUCAUUUGUCGAUUUGAAAAGUCAGAAUGAAGGAAAGUACAAGGACCUUAACCGAAAACAACUCAAACUGAAGGAUGAAAUCAAGGUGAUAAGAUAUCAAAAUUUGACGAGAGUUGAAGUCGCCCUUCUUAACUCCAAGAACGAAUUAAACGCUCUUGAAACUGAAAUCAGGACAAAGAACCGUGAACUAGAGAACAAAAUAGACGAAGAUGUGGAUAAAGUCAAGGAUUCGCUAAAUGAUACUAAAGUUACGUUACAAGAGUCGACUCGUAACCAAAACGAAAAACUUCUCCAACACCAGAAGUCUUUGCAAUCUUUACAGCAUACUGUCAGUGCUCUCAACAACACGAGGAAAAUGGACGGAACUCUGCCAUCUUUCUAUGCCCUACUGAGUUCAACUGUUCCAAUAAGAGGUGGGGACCAAAUCAUUAUUUACGACAAAACGGGGACAAACAAUGGCAAUGCGUACAACACGUCCUCUGGGAUCUUCACCGUACCCGAGUCUGGUGUUUAUGUUUUCACUUGGACCGCCUUUAGUUACGUCGAAGAAUAUGUACGUCUAGAAAUUGUUGUGGCGGGAACAAUUUUUGGAGGGACUCUGAGCGACACACAGGAAACAGGUGAUGCAGAUACUGAGACGGGAAUCAUUGUAGCGAAUGUAAAAGCCGGGGACAAAGUAUUCAUCCGCACCCAGAGUCGAGGACCAGGGGAUGGACGUUUGUAUGUGGAGUUCGAAUGUACUUCAACAUUCUCCGGGUGGAAGAUUUCCUAAUGCUGCGCAUGACUAUGGUGUCUUGAGUUAUGUACAUAGAUAUUCAGGAUCUUUGUGUUUAUACAUCCAGGUGAAUUAUCUCGAUUAUGAUAUCAGCAUUGUACAGUGCAUCACAUAUAUAUAUAUAUAUAUAUAUAUAUAUAUAUAUAUAUAUAUAAAGUCUCUGUUUUGGAAGUAAAAUAUAGAGGGGAAAAACUCUAAACACUUUGUAGAAAUAUUUCAACCGUGUUACCGGUCUUCUUCAGUCGUGUUUAUCUCUCAUAGCAACGUAACACACGACUACAUACACGAAAGUUUCAACAAAGUGUUUAGAGUUUAUAUAUAUAUAUAUAUGAGAAGAAAAAUGACUCUUGAAAUGGACAAAAAUUUGCAAACAUCAGAAAAUAUUUUCUUUCUUGUAACUUCAAUGAUCAAUAUCUAAUAUAUUUUCAAGAAAAUGUUAUGUUGCAGUCAUUAUCAUACUUACCAAUUGCGACAAUUUUAUUGAAUAUUAUGAACUUUGUACGUCAGAAUGACAACCCACCCAUAUGUUGUAGCCUGUAUAUAUUUGUUACGUCAAUAAAACUUUCAAGUUUGUAAAAAUACA